CGAGACUUAGCCAAAGAGACGACAGGCAAGGAGGGAGAGAGAGAGAGAGGGGAGGAAAUUGAAGAAAAUCACAUAAACUAUACAUUUGGAAUUUUCCGUGUCUUAAAACAAAACAGAACAGGAGAAGGUGUUCUUCAGUGAGAGGUAGAGCUGCUUUGUUAGCCUGUCUGUCUCGGUCCAAUCAGAGUUCCCAGACCACCUCUCCACCAGGUCUAUCAGACUGCUGGGAAUGACUGCGCAUUCACAACCUCACCAGGAGUGGGCGCUGGAGGACGACGCCCACAUCAACCACACAGCCAGGAGCAUCUUCUUACCUUUUAGCUAGGAUAGUCUACUUUGUUUGUGUGAGUCCAGUCCUGGAUUGAGAUACAGCUUUGUUGCUGGUGAUUGGAGAAGAGAGGGUGAGAUUCCCAAAUCCAGACCACCAGGAGCGGAGAGACCGUGAAGACGGCUGCCCGAUCCGGAUCAGUUCACCAGAUCUUUACUCUCACUAUUGCUUAAUUAGUAGUUAUCAGCUCAACCGUUGAGGUCCAUAGGCUCAAUGUAAAUGAUAUGCAGACACACUUUCAGGACUUCCCCCUGCUCAGUGUGAGGUGCUCUGUUCCCCUCCACGCCCCCCUGCUCAGUGUGAGGUGCUCUGUUCCCCUCCACGCCCCCCUGCUCAGUGUGAGGUGCUCUGUUCCCCUCCACGCCCCCCUGCUCAGUGUGAGGUGCUCUGUUCCCCUCCACGCCCCCUGCCGGUCUGGUGGAUGUUUUGGCAGCUCUGAGGACUGCAUGGCAGUGGAGUGAUCGUGGAGAGGCCAGGGUACCACAAACUUAUGGACUUUGACAAGAGAGGAGGAGGAGGCAAGGGGGAGGCAGAGGAAGGGAAGAGGAUGUCAAAGUCUGGAGGGAGCCGGUCGGGGCACGGCAGUCGCAGCUCGGGGAGCAACUCUGGGGUGCUCAUGGUGGGCCCUAACUUCCGGGUUGGGAAGAAGAUCGGCUGUGGGAACUUUGGAGAGCUUCGCCUGGGGAAGAACCUGUACACUAAUGAAUAUGUGGCCAUCAAACUGGAGCCCAUCAAGUCCCGGGCCCCACAGCUCCACCUGGAGUACAGGUUCUAUAAACAGCUGGGGAGUUCAGAGGGCGUCCCCCAAGUAUUCUACUUCGGGCCCUGUGGGAAGUAUAAUGCCAUGGUUCUGGAGCUGCUGGGACCCAGUCUGGAAGACCUGUUUGAUUUGUGUGACAGAACCUUCUCCCUCAAGACCGUCCUCAUGAUCGCCAUUCAGCUGAUCACGCGGAUGGAGUUCGUCCACACCAGGAGUCUGAUCUACCGGGACGUGAAGCCAGAGAACUUCCUGGUUGGCCGGCCCGGCAGCAAGCGGCAGCACACCAUCCACAUCAUCGACUUCGGCCUGGCCAAAGAGUACAUCGACCCUGAGACCAAGAAACACAUCCCUUACAGGGAGCACAAGAGCCUGACGGGCACCGCACGUUACAUGAGCGUCAAUACUCACCUGGGCAAAGAACAAAGCAGGAGAGAUGACCUGGAAGCUCUCGGUCACAUGUUCAUGUACUUCCUGCGAGGCAGUCUGCCCUGGCAAGGCCUGAAGGCAGACACUCUGAAGGAGCGCUAUCAGAAGAUAGGUGACACCAAGAGAACCACGCCCAUCGAGGUGCUGUGUGAGAGCUUCCCAGAGAUGGCCACCUACCUGCGUUAUGUGGGUUCUCUGGACUUCUUGGAGAAGCCGGACUACGACUACUUACGGAAACUCUUCACCGACCUCUUCGAUAGCAACGGCUACGUCUUUGAUUACGAGUACGACUGGGUCGGCAAGCCACUGCCUACUCCCAUUGGUCCAGUCCCCAGUGAGACCCUCCUACAGUCCAGCAGUAGAGACAAGGCAACGCAGCAGACCAAAAACCAGUCGCCAGAACCCAAAGGAAGUGAGUCCCAGCCCACUCCAGUGACCAAUAGGGAGCUGCUGGGGUCUCAUCUAACAGCUGAUAGGCUGGGGGGCUCCGUCCAGGUGAUGAGUUCGACCAAUGGGGAGCUGAAUACAGACGAUCCGACUGCGGGCCACUCCAACGCCCCCAUCACCGCCCCGGCCGAGGUGGAGGUGGCCGACGACACAAAGUGCUGCUGUUUCUUUAAGAGGAGGACGAGGCAAAGCCUCCAGAGACACUAGUGAAGGGGAGAGGCCUCCAGAGACACUAGUGAAGGGGAGAGGCCUCCAGAGACACUAGUGAAGGGGAGAGGCCUCCGGGAGACACUGGUGAAGGGGAGAGGCCUCCAGAGACACUAGUGAAGGGGAGAGGCCUCCAGAGACACUAGUGAAGGGGAGAGGCCUCCGGGAGACACUAGUGAAGGGGAGAGGCCUCCGGGAGACACUGGUGAAGGGGAGAGGCCUCCGGGAGACACUGGUGAAGGGGAGAGGCCUCCGGGAGACACUGGUGAAGGGGAGAGGCCUCCGGGAGACACUGGUGAAGGGGAGAGGCCUCCGGGAGACACUAGUGAAGAGGAGAGGCCUCCGGGAGACACUAGUGAAGGGGAGAGGCCUCCGGGAGACACUGGUGAAGGGGAGAGGCCUCCGGGAGACACUAGUGAAGGGGAGAGGCCUCCGGGAGACACUAGUGAAGGGGAGAGGCCUCCGGGAGACACUGGUGAAGGGGAGAGGCCUCCGGGAGACACUGGUGAAGGGGAGAGGCCUCCGGGAGACACUGGUGAAGGGAGAGGCCUCCGGGAGACACUGGUGAAGGGGAGAGGCCUCCGGGAGACACUGGUGAAGGGAGAGGCCUCCGGGAGACACUGGUGAAGGGGAGAGGCCUCCGGGAGACACUGGUGAAGGGGAGAGGCCUCCGGGAGACACUGGUGAAGGGGAGAGGCCUCCGGGAGACACUGGUGAAGGGGAGAGGCCUCCGGGAGACACUGGUGAAGGGGAGAGGCCUCCGGGAGACACUGGUGAAGGGGAGAGGCCUCCGGGAGACACUAGUGAAGGGGAGAGGCCUCCGGAGACACUAGUGAAGGGGAGAGGCCUCCAGGAGACACUAGUGAAGGGGAGAGGCCUCCGGAGACACUAGUGAAGGGGAGAGGCCUCCGGGAGACACUAGUGAAGGGGAGAGGCCUCCGGGAGACACUAGUGAAGGGGAGAGGCCUCGGGAGACACUGGUGAAGGGGAGAGGCCUCCGGAGACACUGGUGAAGGGGAGAGGCCUCCGGAGACACUGGUGAAGGGGAGAGGCCUCCGGAGACACUGGUGAAGGGGAGAGGCCUCCGGAGACACUGGUGAA